ACGGCCCGAGCGGGAAAAGCAACAUCUACCCCGUCCCCAGCUACCGACCCUGAUACUACCCAAUUCCCGCUCCCUCCCCAACGUCCUCAUAACAGGCCAACCUUAAACCUCUCUCCUCCCCCCUACCUUCCCAAUCAUUAGCUAUUCCUCAUCAAUUAUGUCACCAGCCCCUGACCGCUUAACAUCACCCCCACCCCGCUCGAAACCCCUGUCCGCACAACACGCCCCUUUCAACCCACACCCCAAAACAAAACAAACCCUCCCAUAAACCACCACCUCAAAUCCCCUCCCAACUCAACCAGCCCAGCAGCUGCCCCAAUACCUUCAAAACCGUUCCCCCAACCCCACCACAUUCAUCUGUACUUCCACCCCCCCGCCGUCAGCCCCUGUGCUGAUGACCUGACUCUUUAGAUGAGCAAGAAAGACGCUUGGCUCGUCCUCAACUGAGAAUGCAGUCUUCAAAUCCGUGGGAACCGAUAGUUGAAAACCCAGCAGCCUGUUUCCUCGAGAGGUGCAUAGGAAAGGCAUUGUUGACACAGGACACUUUGGAUUUAAACAAGGUGGAGUUUGGAAACACAGUGCCGUUUGUUCAACGCUUCAGACUAAUAGAUGAAAUUUCACACACCAGGGCAGAACUUGAGCAGAAAUCUUUGGAGUUGAAGCUGCUAAAAUUGCAGAAUGACACAGCAGACAUUGCCCACCCAAUGUAUUUGGCUGAGAAGUGCAGUCAGCUUCAGUCAAUGAACAGCCACUUGGAGGCGAUCUUGCAGGAGACGGUGUCGCUGAAGCAGCGGUUAGUGCAGCCUAUUUGCCAUCAGUGCCUCCCUGUUGAAGCCAAUUGUCACAGGUAUGUCUCUGAACUCCUGCCGAUGAUGGUUAAUUUCAUUGAGAAACUGGACUCCAACCUGCAGUUGAUAAAGACCAUCCCUCAGGUGACCAAGAAAGUGAAGAUGAUGGAAAAUCUUGUUGCCAGAAUGGCAUCUGAGAUACUGGAGCUGAAGGAACUGCUGGAGUUGAUCAUCAGAUGGAGAGAACAGCAGAAGACUGGACUUGAAAGCCUGGGAAGUAAAUGAUGACUCUGUUUUUUGGCUGUGAAAUCAGUGAAUUCGUUACAAGAAUUUUUUUUUUUGCAUUUCUAGAAUUUAAUGUGUAAAUUCCUUGUGGGUAGUCUUGACAGCAUAAAUUAACCAGUGGUUGUGAAUGGAAACACUCAACUGCUUCCUCAUAUCAUCAAUUAUGGGAAGUAUUCAGGUCAAUUGAGUGAAAGCAAGCAACUGACAACCGUACUGUCCACAGUUACAAGAAGCUUCCCAUGGCAACCUUUCCUCUUUGAUUACUUGAGUGAGGUACCGAAUCUUUGCAUUAGCCCACACAGCACAUGUCAGUAAGAGCUAAUAUACAGGUGUAGCUAAGUGUGGUCUUGGCCCUGCCCAGUGUUCAGCCCUGUGCAGCUUCCAGCAGGUGUAACUGAACUGUGAUAAGGAGCAAACCCAAGAUUGACGUUUUCCAGCCACAUUCAAUAGUCCCCAAACAGGAAGAAACCAGGAACCUUCUGCUCGCUCUUUUUGCUAUCAAAGGCACAUUUGGGAUCAAAUAAGACCGUCGUACUGAUACCGUGUGUACAGUGCACCUCAUCAGAGAAAGCCAGCCCCAAACAUAAAGCACGUAGAGUAAUCUUUUAGGUGGAGUUGAUUAACUUAUCGAAUGUUAUGUUCUCAAUGACCUUGCCUUUCCUCAAAGGAUAAUGUUUGCAGACCCAAUUUUGUAUUAAAAAUUGGUUACAGUAUGCUUUCUUGUAAAUAAAAUAUUUUUCUUUA